GCAUUUGACUCCAUUUGUCCACGUGAGUCUCUUCCUGAUAGCAAGACCUUAGUCUCCAAUGGCGGAAGCUUUGAAUUGGGUUUCUUCAGUCCAGGCAGUUCCAGGAACCGCUAUUUGGGAAUUUGUUGAGAAAACAGGUGAGCUUCAGAUUCUGAGUCAGAAUAUGACUGUUGUUUGGUCAGCAAACUUGACAAGAAAAGCUCAGAAUCCAAUACUGCAGCUACUGGAUUCUGGCAAUAUUGUUCUGAUUGAUAAAAGUGGUGGAAACUCUCCAACUUACUUGCGGCAAAGCUUUGAUUAUCCAUCUGAUACAUUGCUACCGGGGAUGAAGAUGGGAUGGGACUUAAGAACCGGUCUUGAACGGCGUAUCACAGCAUGGAAGAACUCUAAUGAUCCAUCUCCAGGUGACUUUUCGUGGGGAAUUGAACCGCAUGGCAAUCCUGAGUCAGUGAUGAGGAAAGGGUCACAGGAGUACUACAGGGGUGGUCCCUUUAAAGGCGAAUGGUUUAGUGGCACUGCAAUUACAAGGCCUAUCCCAGUAACUGAUAGCCAAUUUGUAGCCAAUGAAGAGGAGUUGUACGUCAUUUAUUUCCUCAAGAACAAGUCUUUGAUCACAAGGCUUAUCAUGAACCAAACAGUCUCUGCAAGCCAGCAAUACAUACGGAGUGAAGAUACUCAAGCUUGGACUCUGUAUUCAUACAUGCCAAGAGACUUCUGUUACACUUAUGGACGUUGUGGUUCAUACAGUUAUUGUGACAUUACUCAAACUCCAUCUUGCAAUUGUUUGAAUGGAUUCAGUCCUAUAUCACUGAGUAGAUGGAACUCGAUGGACUGGUCUGAUGGAUGUGUCAGAAACAAGCCAUUGAACUGUCAGCAAGGAGGGAUUUAUCAGAUUAAAAAGGUUAAAGUUGCCAGAUGCUGCACAUUCUUGGGAGGAGUUAGUGGUUGUGCUAUUUGGUUUGGUGAUUUAACUGAUAUUAGACAGUUUCCAGUUGGUGGGCAGGAUCUAUACAUCAGAAUGUCUGCUUCAGAAUCAGAAUCACAAAACAACCUUAAGAUGAAGUUGGCACUGAUAUUUGCAAUUCCACUUGCUGUACUUUUGGGGGUGUUCAUAGUCUGCUGUUACUCUCGCAAAAGAAAGAGAAGAUUAGAAGAGAGAUGGGAAGAGAAGAAAGAAAAUUACAAGAAUGAAGUUCAGAAAGAAGACAUGGAGCAUCCAGUAUGUGAACUAGCUACAAUAUUUCAUGCCACUAAUAGCUUUUCACUCACCAACAAGCUAGGUCAAGGGGGAUUUGGACUGGUUUACAAGGGAGAAUUAAUGGAUGGACAAGAAAUUGCUGUGAAAAGGCUUUCCCGGAGUUCUGGACAAGCAUUAAAUGAGUUCAAGAAUGAGGUUAAGCUGAUUGCCAAACUUCAGCAUCGGAAUCUUGCUAGGCUUCUUGGAUGUUGCAUUGAAGGAGAGGAGAAAUUAACUUCUCUAACUUACACCAAUAUAGUUACGUUAUCUCUAUUUGACAAACUUUGGAUGAAGGAGGAUACUAAAUUACCAAGAACACAAUGUUUUCCAGAUCAAACAAGGCGUAAAGAACUAAAUUGGUCCAAGCGUUUCCAGAUUAUCUGUGGGAUUGCCAGGGGACUUCUCUACCUUCACCAAGACUCUAGGCUGCAGAUUGUACAUAGAGAUCUCAAAGCUAGUAAUGUUCUUCUUGAUAGUGAGAUGAACCCCAAAAUUUCAGAUUUUGGCAUGGCCAAAACUUUUGGAGGAGACCAGAUUGAAGGGAACACAAACCGAGUGGCUGGAACUUAUGGAUAUAUGGUGCCAGAAUAUGACAUUGAUGGCUUAUUUUCAGUAAAAUCAGAUAUCUUUAGCUUUGGUGUAUUGUUGAUGGAGAUAGUAACGGGGAUGAAAAGUAGAGGGUUGUUUCAUUCAGAUAAUAGCCUUAACCUCAUUGGACAUGCAUGGACUUUAUGGAAAGAAGGCAACCCUUUAGAACUCGUUGAUGAAUUCUUAGGGGGGUAUUACCCUUUAUCAGAAGUUUUCAGAUGCAUCCACAUCAGUCUUUUAUGUGUACAACAGAAUCCUGAGGACAGGCCUACCGUGUCAUCUGUGGUGCUGAUGUUCGCAAGUGAGAUUGAACUGCCUCAACCAAAAGAACCCGGUUUCUUGCUCAGAAGGGCUGCACUUGAAACAGAUUCAUCAUCGAGCAAGCAUAACUCAAUGUCAAUAAACAAUGUUACCAUCACAGAUUUGCAAGCUCGAUGAAUAAAUAUGCCUAAAAUCCUUAGCAGUGAUCCUCCUUCAGUCAAUAGAUGAUUCUAAUAACAUUGUUACAUCUGUAAUGGCUAGAACAUUGAUCAUCAUUACAUUUUGUACCUUAUGUUUCCGCAAUUUCAAGUCUUAUGAUUUAUAAACCUUAGGAUUGUUAAAAUAUUCAUCACCGACUUGAGAUCUAAAAGGGGAUGAUGUAAAAGUGUCACGCCUCAAAACCCAAAUCCGGGGAAGUGAUAGACGUUGUACACUUGUGAGAGGGUCUCACAAAUGCACAAAGCUCGAAACUUAUCAUACCAUAAUCUGAUACCACAAAAUCUAAAGAUAAAAUUUUAAAAUUUGCCUUGAUAUCAUAAAAUCUCCAAAUAAAGUUUAACUUACAAGAUCAUGAUUUAUAUCUAAAAUCUAUGUUCAAUUUACAAGAUGGCUAGCUUCCUAACUCGUCACUCCUCUCGUUUUUCCUCGUCCUUAACUUCGUUUUCUGAAAUGGUGGACAAGGAAAAACUAUGAGAUAAAAUAUCUCAAUAAGUAAAAAUAUGAAUAGACCGUGAGUAAAAUUUAAGUAUGCUUGAUAAAUAAUUUAACAUAACAAAACGUUCAAUGAUAAACCGUUAAUACAGAAUAAGAUUCAGUUCAAUAACAAAGUGUUCAAUGACAAACUGUUAAUGCAGAAGAAAAUUCAGUAGUAGUUUCAUCUAUAAGUCAUGGCCAGUGUUUAACAAACUCCCACUGACAGGCGUUAGUAAUACCCAGUAUUUAACAAACUCCCACUAGCAAGCGUAAAUAAUAACCAGUGUUUAACAACUCCCACUAACAGACGUUAGUAAUAACCAAUGUUUAACAAACUCUCACUGGCCAGCGUCAGUAAUUACCAAUGUAUUCGCCCAUUGGCAGGCGUCAGUAAUUACUAAUGUAUUAUCCCAUUGGCAGGAUUACAGAAUGAACCAGUCCUAUCAGUAAACAUGUCAACAUGUG